UCAAGGGAAGGGCUUGUUGGUCAUGUAGAUGACUUGUUGGUCAAAAAAAGCCUACAAAAUCAAGGUUCGGUAACUGCGAUGCCUAAGGGAGAAUUAGUAUAUUCAAUGAAUAGUGAACUUCGCGAAGAAUAUUAAAAGUGGUAAGAUUGAGCCUCAUCUUUUUGCCGUGACUGAGUAACCAGCUAGUUCCUCCUAAAUAGGUUCUUUAACAGCAUUUUAUUGGGGCCGGUUAGCAAGGUUACGGGCUCGAGUGUGAAGAAUGACACACACAUACACAAACUUAUAAAAAAUCGUUUCUUUCGAAUUCUAUCCACAAAUAUGCUUUUUCAGAAUAUUCAUACUUAUGUCUAUCUUUUUAUUUUGGUUGAAGAGAAAGAAGACAACCACGAUAGAUGCAAUAUCAAAAUCAGCGUCAGGCGAGAAGCCGCCCAUGAGGAAGACAGCCUACAAGAAUAGUCCCAUGGCUGAGGUGCAGACACUCAAUACCGCGGGGACACGAAAGCUGCCGCCGGAUGGAAAGGUACGUGGCACUGUCCUUUUUUUCCGACGUCAACUUUUCUACCAUGCCCUGGCCUCUGCUACUUUCAAAACUAUGGCCAGUUAGACUAAUUAAUACGCGCAAUUCGCCCCAAUCCAGGACCUUUUCCUGCCCCAUGAUUCAUGGGGGCAUAGACCCCGGUGGAGUGGUAAAACCUUUCAUGGACACAAAUCCAUUUUAUCCUUAUCACCGUGUUGAGUGGUGGUGGUGGCAAUAAAAACAAAGUAAAGUAAUAAUAUAAAGAAGUGAUGUGAUCAACAUGUCACGAGCACGGAACAAAGAAAGGGAGGAGCCAGUCCAAAACAACGACAAAAAAUUAUGCCUAAUUUUCCUCAAACGUGUCUUUGAAUUCAUGAAAAAUACACCUCAACCAUCUUCAAAUUAGCUUCUACCGGGAGAAUUUCACUGGAAAAUACUUCAAACAUGAUAAUUUUCCCACUUAACGUUAUCCUUGGCAUAGUGGCGCAGUGUAUCUGCCUAGCAACAAGGCAGAGAGUAAAAAAAACUGCCACCAAACUGACCCGUUUUGUUUAAUUUUGUUUAUUUUUUAUACUGAUUUUCUUUUCCCUAUUGGCUUCUCAGUCCCUUUGUCCUACUUCUGGCUCUUACACUCUGCUCCGCAAGGCUCUGCGAUUCACGUAUUCUAGUAUUUAA